AUGACAUGGCCUCUGGAUAUUUGGGAAUGGAAUAUGUAUCUGCAUGACCAUAAGGCCAAAAGACCAACAUUACCGCGAGUUGCCUGGCAGCUCGCGAAUCCAGACCCAUAUAGUAGCGCACUGGGUAGCUUAUCUCUCUCAGAGAUCCUUACGGAGGGCUUCUGA